ACCGUAUGGUUGUAAGGUAGGGUGUGUCUUUUUGGUGUCGUGUAUCAAUAGGGUUAAGUUAGCGUUAUAAGAUGAAAUAAAGCAGAGGUAGCCUAGCUUCAGCUUCCUUGGUUAGCUUCUUCUGCAGCUUCAGCUAACUAUUGGCGACUCGAUGAAACGUCGAAGCGUUUAUUAGCAUUUAGUCGGAAUAUAUUUUACAUAUAAAUAUUACAUUUUUAAAGCAUUCACACCAUUUUGGUGCUAUUAAAUCUUGUAAUGUUGCACAUUCUGAUUGACUAUCCACCGUUCACAUUCCUUAAAUAUCCCAUCACUGGGUAAUGAGCAGUGCCGCUCGUUCUUGUACGUGUAUUCAUAUUCUGGGCACAACUUUAUAUCGUUUAUUACCGAUUACCAGUUUUACUGUAGCCUUUCCAGUUAAUUUACAUGGAAAAUAUCCAGUUCAUCGCCCAGAUUGUUGUCUAUUGUUUGUAUCUGUCUGUAUUGCGCUGUUCCUGAACGGUGUGAUUUGGCGUGUUUGCAUCAGUCUUGUUAAAUGCUCCACCCUUAAACGUUUGCAAAUAUACAUUGUGUGCAUUUCAGGACUUUUAACUAAUCACAAGUCUUCUUUAAUUGGAUUCCUUCUGGAGCUGAGGAUCAUGGAGCUUGCCAGUCAGUCAGUCAGUGACCUGUUUCUUUCUAAAGGAGAUUUGUCUCUAGCUUUGGAGCAUGUGGCUCCUGCAGAAACAGCAUUAGAUCACACAGUACAGGACAUCACAGCACAGAUCAUUGGCCUGGGAGAGGGGAAGCUGGACCUUUAUGUCCCAUCAGAAGCAAUAAUCGAGCCAAUAUCCCCAGCAGAGGUAAUGCCUGAAGAAGGCGCACUUGCAAUGACAACAUAUGAGUCUAUGGAAAACGGAAUGACCAAUCAUCCUCUUCAGUCAAAUCAUUCUUCAGAUCCAGGUCUGCCAAAUGAGUUAAUAGCAAUCAGCAGUUCAAUAUCAGACUCAAAUCCCACUGAAGCACCAGAAGAUUCAGCGGUCAGGACGGCUAUUGCUCCAUCAUGUGACAUGUCCCUUGGAGACCUGACAGCUCAUGGAGAGACCGGAAUCUCUAAAGAGGACGCAAGUGUCAGAAAAUUAAUCCCACCAAAGAAGGACAGAAUGGACCCACUAAAAUUGGACAUGUCCAAGCCUACAGUGAUCCCCCUUACAUCAUCUCAACUCUCACUUCAAUGUCUGGAGUGUCACAUCAUCUUCAGUGACGACAAGAGCAAACAGCGUCACCUCAAAAUGAACCACCCAACUGAAUAUGAGCAAUGCAUGCUUGGAGAUGCACUGUUUGCAUGCUACGUGUGUGAUCGACAUUUUACCUGCUCUACAGACCUCAUGGCACAUCAGCGUGCACACACAGAGAAGCAGCCAUUUAAGUGCCCCAUUUGUGGAGAAGCCUUCGGCCGAUCAUCUGAGCUUACCAGUCAUAAGAAGAUACACUACAACAAGCAAGGUUAUACCUGCUCGGACUGUGGCAAGCACUUCAAAACCCUUACUUUGCUCAAGUACCACCAACGUGUACACACUGGUGAAAGGCCAUACGUUUGCAUACAUAAAGAUUGCGGCAAGAGAUUUACCAUGCCCAAAGCUCUCCAGAAGCACCUGGAAGCACAUGAAAAUGAGGAGACGGAAGGUGUCGAAAACCUGGCAAAUGCUGCAUGCAAAACAAGGAAAAAGAGGUGUAAGGGUCUAUCCUCAAAGAAAUAUGCAUGCCCACAAUGCAAUGAAUUUUUCAAGACGGCCAAAUCAAUGCUCCACCACAAUAAGACAAAGCACUCACAGUGCCCAAACAUUAUGGCAUCCAACAGCGCUGUGGCAGCAGGAAGCUCGUGCGUUGCAACUCUGACUGAAGUAGUUCAACUACCUUUACCACACAUGGACACCAAUGGACAAGCAGCACAGCAAAUAGGCACACUUGAAGUUGAACAGAUUAAAAGACUAAUAGAGAAAAUGGGAAAUGUCCAGAAAGUAAAUCAGCUGGUCAUUCUUGGGCUAGAUCAGUUACCUUUACAGGCACAAAGUGCUGGAAUGCAACAGCCACAGGGUCUCAUUCAACCGUUACAUUUUGACUUCACACAGCCAACAGUUCAACAAGCUGUACUCCAGCCCGCAUGGGACAAGAAAGCACAUGAAGGAACAUCAGCUGGAAAUGAGCAAGACACUUUAUUAGAAUCAUUAGAGCUUGAGGUUGCAGUUAAACAAAAGAAAACUGAGGUCCAGGAUGAGGCAACAAUUUCUGCAGAGUGUCCAGAGGAACAGGUGACAGUUGUUGAAUCAAACAUUAUAGGAGUACAGGAAAAUGACGUUCAGUAUGAACUUCUGCCAGAAAUAACUGAAAAGGACAUUUUACCUCCUCAGUUGGAGGCUAGUCAUCAAAUUAUGCUUACAACGGAGGAGCAACUGAGUCAACAUGCUAUAGAUGUAAAAACUACAGAAACAGGGAAUGAUUCAUCUUUGGCUGUGAUAACUGAUUUUGAAACUGAAGUAACAAGUGAGAAGGAAUUCAUGACAACACCUUUAGAUAUCACAGUGUCAGAGAAUACCAGCACGUAUGCGGAGCCAAGUCAAACGGCCUCUGAGGCUGCAGAUUCAUUAACAGAAACUGAGACCCAGACUGUUCAGGGGAAUGUAGUUAGCCCUGAUAAGACCAACAUCAGUGAAGAUCCUUUAAGUCUAAAGCCAUCUGAGGCACUAUGUUCAUUAAUAGAACCUGAGCCACAAACAGAGCAGGGGAAUCUAGAUGAACUUGCUAAGACCAGUGACGAUGCAGAGUCCCAAUGUCAAAAGACAAUGGAGGUAACAGAUUUAUUAGUGGAACCACAGCCAAAAAAUGAGCAAAGAAAUCCUAAUCUUGAUAAUGCUCAAGAAAUUGAAGCCCAGUCAGAGCAACAGCAUUUCCAGGAAAUUCUGUCAUCAGAAGAGCAAAUGUUACAGGUGAGUAAACCAUCUCUUGGCAAUGUACAACAUGAUCAAGAAAGGUCUCACCUGGAGCAGGGACCCUGUAGUGAAUCCAGUGCACAGCAGAGCAGAGAGGAACCUGAAGACCAGACUCUCUUAGCAGAAGAUUCCUUGUACAUUAAGAAAACGCUGCCAAUAAAGAAAAAACGUUCUAAAAAGCAGGUGAUCCCUACGUCCCAGUACUUGGAAAAUCAGGAUGAAGUUGCAAAAAGUACCUUAGCCAUAACAUCUAAUCAGAAAAUUCAAACUGUUUCAAAGACACCGAAAAAACAAGAAAAGACAAAGAAACAUUUUGGAUCUAAACAGAAUAAGAAAAAAUAUUCAAAGACAAAACUGUUAAAUAUAUCCAAAACCAGUCUAUAUAAUGACCAACAAGACACUGAUCUGGAAAAUGUACCUGUUUUGUCACACAGUGAGAUUGAAAAGUUGAAACAGAAACGUAAAAAAGGAAGAAAAGCUGAAAAGUCUGCUGGGCUCAUCCAGGCCCGUAAACUACCCGGUGAAAAAAAAGCAAUGAAGGUGUCAGAACAAGCAGAUCGAGGAAAACCACAGAAAAGAAAGUUUGAAAACCAGAGAGAUUCAGUAAACAAAGGAAAGUCUGUUCAGGAGACCCAGCAAGAGGAAACUCCUGUGCCAAAAAAGAAAAAGCCAGGCAAAAUUCCUGAAGCAGCUUCCCAAAAGAAAGCAAAGAAUAACAUCACAGUGAAUAAAGUAAAUAAGAAAAGCCACAAGUUAGCAAAACAAAGGGAGAAGAAUAAAAAUGUGUCCGAGACUCCAGUCAUAGAUCAAAUAAAGCAACAGGCCUUGCUUUUGCUGAAAGGUCAUAAGCAGCCACAGCUGAAGGUGCACAAGCUGGAUGCUAAAACCACAGGAUUAGACCACCAACUAAUACACAAAUGUCAGACCAAAGAAAUUUAUGGUCAUGAGACUACAGUGGAGCAAGCAAAGGAGGAGAUACAAAAUAAACCACUGCAAGCACCCAGGCAAAAAAAAAAAAAAGCAAAAGCACUGGGAAAGAAAUCCAAAGUAGAUUCAAAGCAAUCUUCUCAUAUACAAACAUCUUCUAUUAAAGGUGACAUCGCAUCUGGUGUAAAACAAAAAGUUGUGAGGAAACGUAAAUCUCCUGCAAAAAUAGAUCAAGAAAUUGCAUUAAGCCCUCCAUAUUCUCGCCUCAUAAUUGGAUGUCAUGAUUGUGGAAAGAGUUUCUCCGAGGUGUCUGCUUUGCAAGAGCACAUGGCAUCGAUGCACUCUGAAAAUGCAGCCCACCAGUCUGUUAUGUCCUGUGAUGUUUCUGAAAUGUCCACAGUUACCCUGAGGCCGAAUGAAAUAAUGCUCACAAACUCGGUCCACUCAAGCGGCUUUGAAAUCCAUGUACCAACAGACUGGGAUGUGGAUUCGGAGAUGAGAGAGAUUGGAUUGGGGGAUGAACACAGGAAUGAGCACAGGCUUUCAUUCCCAGCCCUCAAUCCUUCUCCUUCUUUUCCAGUGACAACAACUUUUAUUGAAGAGGAGGGUAAACAGGAUGACACGCUUAGUCAAGAACCUUCACUUGGAUAUAAGAAGGCAAUUAGUGAAAAUUCUGACUGUCAUUUAGAAAUAAACGAAUCCAAGAUAGGAGAACAGGAUGUACACUCACUUCUACCAGUUUCAUUAUCUGACCCACAGAAAAGCAUGGAAGAUAAAGAGGCAUUGCCCUUAGCUGUGAAUUUCGAGGACAAAAACGGAGAAAGUUCCCAUAUAUCCACAAAGUUGUGUGGCUCCCACAAAGUCCCUGAUAUACAGGAAGGACAAACAAGCCACAACACACUCAGUAACAGUCCAUCAUUUGUUCAGAAACAGCUGCCUACAAAACCUGUGAAUCCAGCAUCCACUUAUAAUGCCGAAUCUCACGAAACCAAGCAGACCGACAUUAAGCAAGAGGCAGACGAGGUAGCCGUUCAGACAGUAGCGAGCCAAACGAAGACUUCUAUGACAAAAGGUAAAAGAGGACGGGGAAACAAGGGGAGGGGAAAGAGACAUCUUGGAAAAAGACGCUCUGGUGAAAAGAGACAUGCAGAAGAGAUGGUGGCCAAUGACGAAGACUGUCGGGUUGUCUUUGAGCUUUAUUCGCUCACAGGUAACGGUGAGGAGAAUAACGAAGACGUACUCCAAAACAGAAAAGCCAUUAAUGCCACUGCAGCUUCCAUACACCCAGCCAUGAAGGAACCUUCAGAAGCUCCGGAAGUACAUGUGUUACCACAACCUGUUACUGCAGUUGAUUUAGAGAUGAUGAAAUCAGCAAACGGUUCCCUAAUGCAGAAGUCUGGAGAGCAUGACAAGAACAGUGUCUCAAGUAGCUUAAGGAGGGGAAGAAUCUCUGUGAGUGGAAUGCGAGGACAGUCAGAACAUGGAUUAUCUUCUGCUGGAACCUCGACUCUUGUGAAAAUUGAAGCCAGUCCAUCUGUUCUCACACCUCAUGAUGUCCAGGCUAAUGAUGGAGAUUUUUUGCAAGGAGUCCAGAUGAUUUUGGUAAAAGCAGAGGAUCAGCAAAUUUCAAACGAUCCCCAUGUCUUACAGGAAGCUGAACAUGUGCAAAUUAAUCAAAAUGCAUGUAUAGAAAAGCACCCGGACCGUUCCACAGUCGGAAUUUCCUCUGGUUCUCUUACAGUGGCUCAGUCUACUUCCAAGCACUGUAUUUUCUACCCUGUAAAGGAGGAAGAGAGGGAGAUGUUGGUGGAGCCUCAAGUUAAUAACCAAGGGACCUCAGGUUCAGAAGCGUUGGAAGGGAGGACCGGACCAUGGGGUGUACCUGGAUUAGAAGAGUCCGAGAUCAGGAUAGGAUGCCCGCAAAUGGAAAUGCACCAUAAUUUAUACUCCAGCUCUGAAGAGGAACUGACAAGGAACGAAAAAGACACGAGAAUGAGUAUUAAUAUUCCCUGCAGUGGUGGUGCUGAGCAGCAGAGCACAGAAGACAUCCUAGAAUUCCUUUCCCAAACAUCAGAUAUGGAAGAUGUUGAUGGUGUCAGUUCUGAGCCAGAAGGUGAAACUCAUAUCAUGUCUUGUUACCAUGGUAUCUAUGCCAAUGGAACAGGGCGACAGUGUGAAAUUGGCAGCACGGAGCAGCAUGCGAAAACAUCUAAAAAUGCAGGUUGCCCUGAAGCAGAUGACCGACCGGCAGGCAGUAAAGAACAUUGUGAACCCAUAGACUACUUCGUUCGGUAUUUUAGUUGGAGUAUAUGGAAAGAUAUUGCAGCUUGUACUCAGCAAGAGUCAAAAUCGCCAAAGCCUGUUACCGAAAAGGAGGUGGCCCAGUUUGUAGGAAUCCACAUUGCAAUGGGAACCCUAAAGUUUCCAAGUGUGAAGCUGUACUGGGAUGAUUUCACCCGAGUGCCAUUGAUUGCCGAUGCCAUGUCUGAAGCCAUGUUUUCUGAACUCACAUCUAAUUUAAGAUUGGCCAGUCUUGGAGGGGACAGGUCAAAAUGUAACGGACAGGAUGCACAUAAGGCUCAGGAUGCACAUGAUUGCACAGAGAUUUUGGUAUUGAAGAAAGAUCCCCUCUGGAAGGUUCAAGCAAUAGUGAACAAAGUUCAAGAAGGGUGUCAAGCACUUAAACGAAAUGGAAACUAUGGAGUUGAUCAGUAUCUCCUUCCUUUUCAGAGACACCCAACACACUCAUUGCAUCACACAGUCAUGAUAAAUGCUGCUGGAUUGGUCAUGGACUUUAGCUUGCGUGUCAGUGACUGUAACAGAGAGGAGAUCGUUGAGAAAAUGGUUUCUCGAGAGAAAAGUGAUAAUCAAGGAGUGGUGUUUCUUUGCAAGCCAGAGCUAUCGACACCUUCCAUGUUGGAGCAUCUCCUGGAGGCUGGAGUGCGCAGUGCCGGAAAGGUUGGUGGUGCUAGGGGACAAAUAGGUGACGAGUUUGUCACUUCUGAUGGGAAACUAAAACUGUUCAGGUGCCAUCAUGGCUUUAUCCUCUCAGCGGUAACAAAGGAAAAGUCUCGCUCGACAUCUCUUGUCAGUGGUUUUGAGAAAGCAAUCAAAGCUGCAAACCUGAACAGAGAUUUGAGAAGCCUUUAUCGCACACCAUGCACAAGCCCUUCACCCAGUGCCUGGCCACAGUCUGUACUUUGGGACCUUAUUGAUCUGGCAUUAGUUAAUUCUUGGCUACAGUACAAGCAAGAACAAACCCAUCUUUCAGAGCCAUUAUCACUUAUGGCAUUCCGACUGGAAGUUUCCAAAGCUUUAAUUCAUUCCAGCAAUAUAGCUGUGCAAGACUCCUCACCCCCGUAUCUUCCACCGCCGGUGCGGCCUGGAUCAAAUGCAUCCACAGGACAUUCGGAUGUCUUUGAGACCCCUUUACCUGAGGCAGCCACACGAUAUGAUGGUUUGGGCCACUGGCCUGAACAACUUUCUGAGGGUGAAGAGGCUAGGUGUAGAUUUGGAGGUUGCCAGCAAAUGUCUAGAGUACGGUGUCUCAAAUGCUGCGUUUUCCUCUGUAUUUCUCGUAAUCACAACUGCUUCCUGAAGUUCCACAGUCAAGGAACUACAUGAAUCUGCUCUCUUCAAAGGCCAUAUUAAACCAAUGACUUUUGUUCUUAUUUAUCACCACGAUUUGUUAUUUAGUAUUAACUGGUGUAGGGCAGUUUGGUAUAAGUAAUAGUUCGUUAUGUCAUGAUGUUUACAAAAAAAAAAAAUCCCUGCUAUUUGCUCAUCUUGUUUGCAGUAGAAUUGUAAUACUUCUUUCCUGGACUCAGUUAAAUAUAUCUGAAGUUUGUUUCUCUGCAACAUGGACUGGCACCAAGUGUUUUCUAAGCACAUCCAUCCCUCUGCUUUAACAGUUGUAGCCUAUGGCUUGAUAUACGUAAGUAUUUAGCAUGAGCAAGUGUCGAUUUCUAAUUUAUUAUUGCCAUGUAUCUAAUAAUCUUCCGCCAUUUGAAACAGAUUCCUCCUGUAUUAUAUAUUAUGCUAUUUAAGCUGAAGUUCAUUGGUGUGUGUGUAUAUGUGCACACGUGUUUGGAGGAGGGUGGGGGGUUAGCAAGUCUUUUAGUGAGAAUUUAAACUUUUUUUUUUUUUCUUUUUUUUUAAGAAUAUUCUUUCUAAUCAAAAUUUUACAGCACCUUCGGGGGGUAAAGGAACCAUGCGUUCUUAAUAAUAAUAUUUUUCGAGUUGUUUUAUUGAAAUAAUGGGUUGUUUUAAUGAAAUGUAAUUAUUUAUGUUUUGUGAAAUUAUAUUUUUUUAGAUUUUACUUUGGAGACCUUAUUUACCUUAUUUAUGUAAAAUGAAGGCAAACCCUUUGCUGUUAGAAUUUUGUUUUGUUUAAUUGUAUUUGUAUGCCGCUUAUGUAGUAAAUUACAUUUUUGUUUAUUUGUUUCUAAACCAUAUUUAUUGUGUGUAUGUUUUUAACUCCAGGUCAGAGUACAUACACAGGUCCAUAAUUAAUAAUAAAUUUAUAUUGAUUGUACAGAAUGUUACAGAUUCAAGCUGUGUGGGUUUUUUUUUUUAUUCAAUACACGGUUGAUGUUAGUAAAGAAUGUGUGAAUUUGGCUUUGAAUUUUUUUCAAAAUGACUGCUGUUCUGUCUAUUUUAUUUUUGUAAUUAAU